AAUGCUGUGCAUUAGAUUGUUAGGGGCUGAGCUGCUUCUCUGGUCUCCUGCUCCCUGGAUGUAGCUUCAGCUCUUGCAGACAGGUCAUAUACACUUGCAGAAUGCCAGGGAGCAAUCCGUUUGGAUUUAAAGAAAACAUCUCUCUAAAUGAAGAUCCGACAAUCAGAGACUCCUUACAGGGCAAACCCUAAAGUCAACCAGUCUUUCUCAUUUCUGCAUACACAUGUUCUUGAUGAAGAAUGCAUGCAUUCCAAGAAAACGUAAUUAAAUGAAGGGGCUACUCGGUACUGAUUUAUCAUCAAGUGUUAAAAGUGAAGACAUUCUGUGGUAUACAAUUUGGUGAGGAGUAAUAAUCUGCUGUGGGGAUUACAAAAUUGAUAACAUUGGAUUAUUACAUGAAAGGCGGACCACCAAGCCCAGAUAAAGAAGAAGAAUUUGCAGAAGUUCCAGGAAUGCAUCUAUUCCCACAGUAAUGAUUGCUUACGCAUUUAAAUACAAGAAUGGAUAAAACUGUACUGGCACAGGAAACAGCUGUAUGUGACAAAUAUCUACCUGAAAUGUGACAACAUUUGAACAGAUCCCUUUAUCCCCUUCUUCCCUUGCCCUAAUUUAACCUUUGACCCAUCAUCCCUUUUUCCUUCUAUUCCCCCAGUUUGUUUAUCUUAAUCCUUUUUUUUCCCAUGUAACCUUUGUUUCUGCUUUUUUUUUUAUGUUUCUUUGCUUUACUAGCCCUCCUCCCCUAUGUGAUCCUUAUAUAUUUUCCACUCUUCUCUUGCGCCCAUUCAUUUUUGAUUCUCUCAGGUCCCACCUCGCUUCUUGAGGGAUGAUGGGUGAUGGUCUUGUGAGCAAGUGGGUGAUGGUGACCUUUUGCCCAAAUCAUUCUCAUGGAUACCACCCUUCCCUCUCUCACAUGGAACUUUUCUUUCAAUACUUCAGGGAGACAUAUUACAACAAAUCCCCAUUAUGGUGCUCUCUUCAUCAUGCUUCUCAUGGACCUAGUGGCAGUAGCCGGGAAUGUGGCUGUUAUGGGGGUCAUCAUGAAGACUCCAUCCCUCAGGAAGUUUGUUCUGGUCUUCCACUUGUGCGUGGUGGAUCUCUUGGCUGCACUUACACUUAUGCCCUUGGCAAUGUUGUCAGGAAGUGGAGGUACUUCCCUGUAUGAAGGCCAGGGACUUGGGCAAAUGGCCUGCCGUGCCUACCUCUUCUUGACUGUUUGUCUAACCAGCACAGGCAUUUUGUCAAUCUCAGCCAUCAAUAUUGAGAGAUAUUAUUAUGUGGUUCAUCCCAUGAGGUAUCAAGUCAAAAUGACUAUGGGACUAGUUAGUUGGGUACUGGCUGGAGUGUGGAUUAAGGCAUUACUAACAUCCCUAAUCCCAGUACUAGGAUGGAAUCCUACUGUUCCUGGACAUUGCAGUCUGCAAGGAGGUGGCAACAGUGUCUUCCGUGCAGGGUUUCUUCUCUUUUACUCCUCCUUUUACUUCUUAUUGCCUUUGACCAUCAUAAUUGUUGUUUACUGCAGCAUGUUUAGGGUGGCACGUGUGGCUGCUCUUCAUCAAGGGCCCCUUCCAACAUGGAUGGACACCUCACUUCAGCACAGACGCUCAGAAUCUCUCAGCAGUCAAUCCACCAUGGUGACAGGUUCUGGAGUUACACGUGAAACUCCUCAGCAGCGAGUGUCUGCUGGCGGUUCAGGAAGUGGUGGGAAAGCUGCAGCUGUAUUGGCAGCAGUAGGGGGUCAAUUCCUUUUGUGUUGGCUACCUUAUUUUGGUUUCCAUCUAUAUGCUGCACUGUGUUCUCCCCCUCCACUGCCUGGAUCACGCUUGGAAUGGGCUGUAACAUGGAUGGGAUUUCUGUGCUUUGCUUCUAAUCCAAUUUUCUAUGGUUGCCUGAAUCGUCAAAUCCGUGAAGAGCUAGGGAGAUGGGUUGGUUGCUUUUUUAAGAGGAGUGGAUCAAGGGAGGAUGAACUUCGACUACCUAGCAGAGAAGGGUCCAUUGAAGAAAAUUUCCUUCAAUUUUUACAGGGAACAGGUUGCCCACCAGACACACGGGCAGCAGUUCACAUUUCCCCUAAAGGGGAACACCCUACAGUAGACUUUCGGAUUCCUGGGCAGAUAGUAGAGGAAACCUCAGAAUUCUUAGAACAACCAUGGGAUUUGACUACAGUGGGCAGAGACUAUAUUAAUACUUCAAAAACAUGACCCUUAUCAUAUGUUCCCUGCUCUUGACAAUCUACUUAACAAAAGUGUGAUAUAAUGCAGAACUCUUUAUAAGCAUUUAAUUUUACUUAAUUUAGAAUAUUUUUUAAUUUCAGUUUACCUGGAAUUGAAUACCCUCCUCAGGAGUCAUACUACAGUGAGUCCUCAUCUCUCUAGACUCUCUACCAGCUGGCAAAGGUGUGGGUAACUUGCACUUUCCCUAGACCCUCUUAAUAUGGAUACCUACUUUAGAAUUUCCAUGAAUUGGGUACAUUUUAAUACAUAUUCAUAUAAAUGAUAAAAAGGGGCAUAGAAAUGAAUUUUACAUUUAUUUUUCAAAUUUAGCAAUUCUCUAUAACCCUCAAACUAAGCUUUUCUAUAUUAAUAAGGUUAAAAAUCUUAAAGUUGUUGUAAAGGCAGAAGUUUUUAUUAUCUUAAUGCAUUCUAUGCAUUAGGAUAAAAAAAACUUCUGUGUGCAGUAGCUCCCCUCAGCCCUCCUAAUACUUACCUAAGCCCCAUCUAUAUCCAGAGAUGUGCAUGAGUGCCUCAACCGUCUCCUUAUUGAUUACCUGAGACACAGCAGUGGUGCCAAUCAGGAGACAGGGGGGCGGGGCCGAACUGCGGUUUUAUGUCUGA